GUCCUGAGAGGGGCGGAUCCAGUUCCCUCAGCUGCGGGGGCUGCUCUCCAAACGGAAAGAGGUCUGGUCUCUUGAGGGUCGGAGCCGUGCGUAGGGAGUUUGUGCGCGGGGGUUCUGCGAGGCAGGGAGACGCCAUGCUCCGGGAAGCCCUGAGACUCCUUCCACCAAAGCUGCGUCGAGAGGGCGCCCGUUGGUUUUCUCCGGCGCCGUCUGCGCGCCUCUUUGCCUGCGGCUCUGGGCCCGAGAGGUGGAAAGAAAAACCAAUAUCUUUAGAAGCAAGAUGGAAAGAUGCAGCAGACACAGUAAUUAUUGGAGGAGGCUGUGUUGGUGUGAGUCUUGCCUACCAUCUGGCCAAGGCAGGCAUGAAGGACGUGGUUCUCUUGGAAAAAUCUGAACUUACUGCUGGGUCUACUUGGCAUGCAGCAGGUUUGACAACAUAUUUUCAUCCUGGAAUAAAUUUGAAGAAAAUCCACCACUACAGCAUCAAACUUUAUGAGAAAUUAGAAGAAGAGACUGGACAGGCUGUGGGGUUUCAUCAGCCAGGAAGUAUUAGAAUUGCUUCAACCCCAACAAGAGUAGAUGAAUUUAAAUACCAAAUGUCUCGUGCUGGUUGGCACCCAACAGAACAAUAUCUUGUUGGGCCAGAGAGAGUGCAAGAACUGUUCCCUUUAUUAAACAUGGAAAAGGUUUUAGCUGGUUUGUACAAUCCUGGAGAUGGUCAUAUCGAUCCUUAUUUACUCACUAUGGCCUUGGCAGCAGGAGCCAGGAAAUAUGGUGCGCUGUUAAACUAUCCAGUUGAAGUAACUAAUCUAAAAUCUAGAUCUGAUGGGACAUGGGAAGUUGAAACUCCACAUGGAAUAAUCCAAGCAAACAGGGUUGUUAAUACAGCUGGAUUCUGGGCUCGUGAAAUAGGCAAAAUGAUCGGACUGCAUCACCCUCUCAUACCAGUUCACCAUCAAUAUGUUGUAACCACAACUAUCCCUGAAGUGAAAGCCCUGAAGAGGGAAAUGCCUGUGCUUCGUGAUUUAGAAGGUUCCUAUUAUCUAAGGCAAGAAAGGGAUGGGCUUUUAUUUGGCCCAUAUGAAAACCAAGAAAAAAUGAAACUACAGGAAUCCUGGGUAGAACAUGGAGUUCCACCAGGUUUUGGAAAGGAGCUUUUUGAGUCCGAUUUGGACCGAAUAAUGGAACAUGUUGAGGCCGCCAUGGAAAUGGUUCCAGUCCUGAAACAAGCGGAGAUUAUUAAUGUAGUUGCUGGUCCCAUAACAUAUUCUCCAGACAUUCUGCCUAUGGUGGGACCACAUCAGAGUGUCCGAAAUUACUGGGUGGCGAUUGGUUUUGGAUAUGGCAUAAUCCAUGCUGGUGGCAUAGGAAAGUAUCUCACCAACUGGAUACUCAACGGGGAGCCGUCUUUCGAUCUCAUAGAGUUAGAUCCAAAUAGAUACGGAAAAUGGACAACCACACAAUUCACAGCAGCAAAAGCAAGAGAGUCUUAUGGAUUUAACAAUAUUGUUGGGUAUCCUAAAGAAGAAAGAUUUGCUGGGAGACCUACGGAAAGAGUCAGUGGGCUUUAUAAAGACCUUAAGUCUAAAUGUUCAAUGGGUUUCCAUGCAGGAUGGGAGCAGCCUCAUUGGUUCUACAAACCUGGUGAUGACAUUGGAUACAAGCCUAGUUUUAAACGCACAAACUGGUUUGAACCUGUUGGUCGUGAAUAUAAGCAGGUGAUGGAAAAAGUGGGUGUGAUUGACCUUACUCCAUUUGGCAAAUUUAGCAUCAGAGGCCGUGAUUCUAUUAAACUUUUGGAUCAUCUGUUUGCAAAUGUGAUUCCAAAGGUGGGUUUCACAAAUAUAAGUCAUAUGUUGACUCCAAGAGGUAGAGUUUAUGCUGAGCUUACAGUCUCUCAUGUGAAGGAAGGGAAAUUUUUGUUAGUUACUGGUUCUGGAUCAGAGCUUCAUGAUUUGAGAUGGAUUGAAGAGGAGGCUGUGAGAGGACAAUAUAAGACGGAGAUAACAAACGUUACAGAAGAACUGGGAGUCCUUGGUGUAGCGGGUCCGUAUGCACGGAAAGUCCUCCAGAAAUUAACAACAGAGGACAUCAGUGAUGCUGCAUUUAGCUUUCUCCUAUCCAGGCACUUAAAGGUUUCUGGUAUUCCUGUUACUGCAAUUAGAAUUUCAUACACAGGUGAACUGGGCUGGGAGUUGUACCACAGACGGAAAGAUUCUGCAGCUUUAUACCAUGCCAUCAUGGAAGCAGGCCAGGAAGAAGGAAUUGACAACUUCGGGACAUAUGCGCUGAACGCACUGAGGCUAGAAAAGGCUUUUCGUGCCUGGGGAGCAGAGAUGAAUUGUGACACCAAUCCUUUGGAAGCUGGGCUGAAAUAUUUUAUAAAGAUGAAUAAGCCAGCAGACUUCAUAGGAAAGCAAGCACUGAAGCAGUUUAUUGAAAAGGGGCUGCAGCGGCAGCUUGUGUAUCUCACUUUGGAAACAGAUAACGUUGAUCCAGAAGGAAAUGAAAGUGUCUGGUAUAAUAACAAGGUAAUUGGAAAUACUACAUCUGGAAGUUACAGCUACAGUAUUAAUCAGAGUCUGGCUUUUGCAUAUGUGCCUGUGGAACUCAGUAGGGUUGGACAGAAGCUUGAAGUUGAACUACUUGGAAGGAAUUACCCAGCCACUGUAGUGCAAGAACCACUGGUGAUGACAGAACCAACACGAACUCGUCUUCAGAAGAAGGGAGGGAGUGCAAAAGGCUAAACAAGGCAGACACAUCAUGCUUCAGGAGGCUGUAUGUGAUUUACCUAUAAAAUAUGGUAUCAUUCACAGUUGUUUCCUGUAUGUUUCCCACUUUUUAUGCACAAUGAGGAUUCUGGUCAGUAAACUUACUGAGCACUAAGGAAGAAAGAGAGGUCUGCUUUUCAUAAGUUUCUCAUGAAUCAUGAAGAAAGAUUUUAGGUUCAAAAUAUUUAUUUCUGAUUUACUUUUAAUCACCUUAUCUUAACUGUUCUCCCUGAUGUUUGAUGUUCAUAUGAACAUAAGAAGAGCUCUGCUGGAUUAGACCAGUAGUCCAUCUAGUCCAACAUUCUGUUUCACAUUCUGUUUUACGUAGUGGCCAACCAAUUCCUCUGGAGGUCUGACAACUGAGCAUAGUUCUUCCUCUGAUGUUGCUUCCUGGUGCUGGUGUUUAGAGGCUGACUGCUUCUGAACGUGGAGGCUCCCUUUAGUCACUAUGACUAGUAGCCACUGACAGACCCAUCCCCCAUUAAUCUGUCUAACCUCUUUUAAAGACAUCUAUUCUUGUGGCUAUCACUACACCCUCCAGCAGUAAAUUCCUAAUUUUUUUCCAUAUGAACAAAGACCAGGAAUAGGUGAGGAAAGUUUAGAGAGAUUUGCGCUACAAUCUCCAGUUGCAUCUCCAACAAAGUUGGGUAACAGCAUAAACUAACAGACUGUAUCUCUCUUUGGUGCUUUGUGCACAAAUAAGCUUCGCUAUGUAAAAUGUGCACUAAAGAGGAAAACAGUUUUCACCAGGCAAGAGUAACAGCUGCCAUAGUCUACUGUAGUUUAAACUACUGCUUGUGCUGUGUCCCCCUUUCUGAACAAAAUGAAUUCAUACUAAUGUAUCUGGAGGUAAAUGAUGUGCACCAUGUCAUCUUCCCCAGCAGAACCUUGCUGCAAAGGCUGCCACAGAAUAAUUAAAAUUCACCCAUUAUUCAGCUGUUGAUCUGACACCAGCUGUUAAAUUACUCCAGGGCGCUCAGAGCGCUUUACCACAAAGCAACCAUUGCAAAUGGCUUUGUGGACAAAUUUAGAAUAUCAUUUUGCAGCUUAGACCUUAGUGGAACUAGAUGUUACUGCUUGUUUUCUUAUGUGGGGCUGAAGAUCUUUACUAAAGAACUAAUCUGAGGUAGGAAGGAUUAGUUAGUUUAUUCAUAGAAUCAUAGAGUUGGAAGGGACCUCCAAGGUCAUCUAGUCUAGCCCCCUGCACAAUGCAGGAAACUCACAAAUACCUCCCCCUAAAUUCACAGGAUCUUCAUUGCUGUCAGAUGGCCAUCUAGCCUCUGUUUAAAAACCUCCAAGGAAGGAGAGCCCACCACCUCCCGAGGAAGCCUGUUCCACUGAGGAUCCGCUCUGUCAGGAAGUUCUUCCUAAUGUUGAGCCAGAAAUUCUUUUGAUGUAAUUUCAACCCAUACAUAAAUAUAUGUAGUAAGACUUUUGAAUAUUUUGAUUCCAGUGGCACUAUUAAGAGCAACAGAGUUUUAUCUAAGGCAUAAGCUUUUGUGUAAAUGCACACUUAUUCAGAUACAAUGAAAUGGACCUUAUCAGUCCAUACAUAUAUGUAGAGGGUGAGGAGCAUAAUUAAAAUAACAGAUUCAAGAUCUUAAAGGUGCCACUAGACUCAAACUUUGUUCCGCUACUUCAGACCAACAAGGCUACCCACCUUAAUCUAUCUUUUUGAAUACCUUGUUCAACCAAGUUACUCCAACAAAGGUUUAGAGGGUGGAAAGAAUUCAAAUCAAGAAAAUUCAAGGAAGAAUAUUCUCUUAUGUAUGUAUUUUCCAUACAAAUGUAAGUGCCAUCAAGUUGCAACUGACUUACGGUGACCCAAACAAGGGGUUUUCAAAGCAGUUGAGAAGCAGAGGCGGUUUGCUGUUGCCUUACUCUGCAGUCUUCUUUGAUGAUCUCCCAUCCAAGUAGCAACCUGGCUUCUCUUUUGAGAUCAGGUUGUACCAUGCUGCCUUCCCGCCCUGUAUGUAGUUUUAAUAAUUAACAGAUAGAUUAGAUGAAAGUAUGGGUUGGCACUUUGUGACACUGGGUAGUGUUGCUCCCUUUUCCCCUUGUGUGCCAAAAGUGAACUGAUUCCAUACUAGCAAACUGUGAUUUGUCUUUGACCUGCAAUUCCAGAUUGCAACCCAGGUUCAAAACCAGAUUUGCAUCAAUACUUUCAGUGUACAAUGGAAAAAAGGAAUAGUCAAGCCUGUAGCACCUUCCUGGCUCAAGCACCUGGUGCCAAAUUACCGUGUGCCAAUUACUGUCAAGCCUGUAGCACCUUCCUGGUUCAAUCACCGUGCCCUAGUAUUCAAAAAUCACUCCAGGACUUUUCCAGCCAUUUUAAAAAUAACUGGUUUUAUCUUUAGUACAAAACUUGUUAGCCUAAUUUAGAAAGGACUGUGGUUAAGGCAUGCAUGGUUUUAAAUAAAUAAAUAAAUGUAGACGGACCCAGGUUCAAUUUCCAGUUAAAGGAUUUCAGGUGCUAACUGUUGGGAAAGAAAACUGUUCUCUUCUUGAGACCCUGAUGGGCCACUGCCAGCCUGUCAGAGUAGACAAUACUUUGAUAAACCAGUUAUCUGACACAGUAAAUAUCCAUCCCCACAGAAUGGAUACAUAGUGAAAGCCUUGAUGAAUGGGGAAGACCAUUGUUUGCUGCUUUUUUAAAAAGAGCAGAAGAUACAUGCUAGAGGAGAAAGAGGAUGCAAACUAUGAAGAACUAAAAUAUAAGGAUUUACAAAAUACUGGUGUUAUAUUGCUGGAGGAGGAGGUAGCCUUGCUGAUUUAAUUGCAUAAGGGUCAUAUUAGCAUCCUUUUGUUUGAUUUGUAUGUUAUCAGUGAAGUGAACAGUUUCAGGUUCAGUAACUGGCAUCACUAAUUAUGUUGCAAUGGAAAACUGUCACAUUUCUAGAACUAUGCUGCAAUGGAUACAAUGCUAAAAAGUAAUUGAUAUGCUAGUUGGAAGUUCUUCUCUCUCCCCUUGCCCCAACAUAAAGAAGGUUUGAGGGCUAGGGAGACAUGACACCCAUUCAGUGGAAAACUGCCUUGAAUAAAGUUGUUUUUGGUUUCCCACAACAUAUGAACAUUUAUUGUGUUAUACAUUGUUCAUCUGUAUUUCUAAAAUUCAAUAUAUUGUUAAAUCAAAAUGUUGUUUUAAUUCUCCGGUAUAAAAUUAUAUGGAACUUUUGAGAUGAGUUAAAAUGUAAUUCAUUGUAAUUUGUGAAGAGCUUGGAUAUUAAAGGAUGCAAACAGUGUUUAA